AUGUUUGCCAAAGGAUCUUCUUUAGUUGUAAAGGAUGUACUCUCAACAACAUUGAGACUUACUCAGAGAAGAGGUUCGGCAGAGUUACAAAAGGGUGAAUCGGCUUCGAUCAAUCCGUUCAAUGAGACAGACAUACCGACCAUCAUGGAGAAUGGACAACAAUUUGUUGAUCUACAUUCUCGCUCCAACACUCCCCGUGAAGCAUUCCAAGCACAUAAGAGACGUUCAUCAUUCUCUGAUCGAAUGGUAAAUCCUCAACAAAGAAGAUAUUCAAUGGAAAUUGAAGUAUCAAGUAUCAAAGAUAUAUUGAACCUUGAGGUUAAACCAUCUUCCAAUCAUCUAAGGGACUUCAAACCUAUUACAGAAGAGAAGUCUAUUUUAGAAAUUGAAUCAGAGAGGACCUUUGAGUUGGUUUGGAAUCAACUCGCUACAAAGUAUGGAGUGGAGAACUUGUCGUUCCCCAAGAAUAUUACAUUCCUACUCGGUGGUCCAGGUGCAGGCAAAGGUACCAAUACAAGGACCUUACAAGAUACCCUUGGAGUUCAAUCAGAACCCAUCGUAGUUAGUUCAUUACUUAACUCUCCAGUUUGCCAAGCCAUCAAGAAAUCCGGUGGAUUGGUCAAUGACAAGGUUGUACUUGAGUUGAUGUUGGAGAGACUUGGUAAACCGGACUUUAUGGGCAACAAGCCUAAGAGUGUGAUUGUCGAUGGAUUCCCGAGGAAUGAGAAACAGGUCAAGUUUGUAGAGCUACUCUAUGACAAGUUGUCAACAUUGAGGAGACGUGUAAAUCCGAAUGCCACGCUGCCCAAGUUCAGAAUCACAGUGCUGCAUGUUAGCGAGGAGGAGUCAUUGUCUAGACAGUUACAUCGUGGACAUGAGGCGGUGCGUGAGAACAUGGAGAGGAAGAUGCACAACAUGCCCGAGAUUGAAGUGCGCAACACCGACACUGAUCCAGAGGCAUGUAAGAAGAGAUACGAAAUCUACAUGUCCGAGUACAACCAUCUCAAGCAAUUGAGCAACAGAUUCCAAUACGAUGAGAUCGAUGCCAAUGGAUCAUUGGACAAUGUUGAGCAUCUAAUCCGCGCGACAUAUUCUCAGUAG